AUGUCGGAUGUAGAUAGCGAAUAUCCGAAAGCGGAAAGUGGUAGACCAUUUCGACAAGAAGAAAAUAAAGAAUUUCUCAAGCUCUUUAAUGAACAGAAAUUCAGACCUAGAACUGCUAUUUUAAAAGUCUGGUUUGAAUAUCCUACCAACAUGUUCUUCCAACCCAUACCAGCGCCAAAAGUUAAAUAUAAUAUCGUUCUAACUUCCGACGGUAUUCUAAAAGAAAAGAAAACGUUUAAGGGUUACUCUAAAGAUAAGAUAUCCGUAGAAGAUUAUAUUCGAUUAGCUAGUGGACACGAUGUAACGAAUGAAUAUAAGAAACCUUGGGUAAAAAGUUUCACCAAUGGAGUAGUUAUUCCAAAGGCUGAUGAUAAACAAAAGAAAGUUUUUAGAAGUUAUCUAAAUCUCGUUAAGAGAAAAGCACCAAACAGUGAAGGAUUCAUGUAUCCUUACAACGACGGAAAAGAAUUGAACAUAGAUGAAAACUACGAAUUUGAUAAUUUCGAUUACCUUACUAUUCAAGAAGAGAAUGAAGAGUGUUAA